AUGGACUCGCAACUGGCGUCGAGAGCGGCAAGGUGUCUGCAACUUUUCGGGCGCUUUUUAGAGCAUCCAGAGAAUUUACUAGAAGACAAAUACCAGUUGCAGAUGACGGAUCUUCUUGGGCGGUACAAGUUAUGGGCUGGUAAUAUCGGCGCUUUUCAUCCCAAUACUAUGAAGACAUCGAUAGAUAUUAGGUUGCGCGAGAAUGUCCGGGUCAGCAAGCGAAUCUCAGACCUCUUGGACGAGUUGGCAGAGUCCCUGGAGGAAGGCGAGUCAACCAAAAACACCUUCAAAUCACGUUGUAGAUACCAUGCUCAUACAUCUAUAGCUUGCUCGAUCGCUUCGGGAGAGUCAAAAAACCGUACUGCAGAAGCAUUAUCGGAUGAUGGAGAUGACUACCAACAUGAUGAGGUUGACGAUGAGCUGUCUGAAAUCAACGAGAUCGUCAGGGCAAUAGAUGAUGUGAUUCACAAUUUGUUUCGAUUUUCGGCAACCAUUCAACAGAGUUCUGGCCGCGAUAUGUAUGCCAAAGCGUCAGCGGCUGCAACUAUUCGAUUUCCUGUUGACGAAACAUUUGACAUCAAUCACGUGUACCAAAAAUUCCCCGCCCUGAAAUCUGCUGCCAAAGAGUGGCUAGCUACUCGACUUGGCAAAGCAAUCACCCAGAGACGAAUGUAUCUUUGGUAUUGCCGAGAACAUCGAUCUAAGACGGCAGCCGAUCCACAAGGGGAGGAUCCUCAAUCAGAAACCCUUGGAGUACGAGCAUCGCAACUGAACAACUCAUUUAAUUUCCCGUCAUCACUGGCAAAACCCACCAGUACAAAGGCCGAUACACAAGCCUCGACACUGAUGCCAACGAACGAUGCCAUAAUAGAGGAUCAUCUUGUGGAAGAAACUCGUUCCCAAACAUCUUAUGCAACCUCCACUGGCCAGGAUCCCGAUCAUAAACGCCUACAUGUUGCCCACAUCGAUAGCAUCUGUCAAAAGGCGCCUUUUUUCGAAUGCCCCUAUUGUUGGCAAACUCAGACUCGAAAGUCUCAAAAGUACUGGAAGAAGCACGUCUGGUCUGAUAUAAGACCAUAUGUAUGCACAUUUGACGAUUGUGAAGCGGGAUUGUUCCCAGACCACGAUAGCUGGUUCUCGCAUGAGCUUAAGGAACACCGCCGAAACUGGAAAUGCACUUUUUGUUCGUUGCAGAGUCUUACAUUCGAGUCAGCAACACAGUAUGAAGAACACCUGAGAUGCGAACACGAAUCCCGUUUGGGUGAGGACGCUGCCGCUCAUUUACCUACGAUUCUUGACAUGAGCCAGCAAUCGUUAUCUACGAAAAUUCCGCCCGAGUGUCCUCUUUGCAAUGAUUGGGAGCAAGCUUUGAGGGAGUCGAAUCCGCAACUCCUCCCAGGGGAACAAUUCUGUGUUACACCUGAACAAUAUGUCAAGCAUGUUGGUGCGCACAUGGAGCAGCUGGCAUUAUUUGCCAUUCCACGUGGUUGCACUGACGAGCAAAAUUCCAACUCCAACAACAGCCAAAAAGUUUUACAGCCUUCAGAUGGUGAUCGUCCAACUAUCCUCGACUGGCGUUCGAAAUCUUCCCAAAUUUGGAGUGAUAGAGAGUCACUGGUACAAUCAACCAAUCCUCUGUCUGACGCCUCAAGUCCAAGCUGGCUUCCCUCAUGGAGUAAAGACUUGAUACAUGGCAAGUCGCCAAUCUGCGUCGAGACUUACGGAUUAGGGAGUGGAAACGCCAGGCAGACAGGCUAUUCCGGCAGUGACGCAUCCACCGCCAGCAUUUCAGAUCAAAUAAGGGCAAAGGCAGGGCAGAAGGAAGAAUCUUAG